AGAUCAUUGCAAAACCUCGCGAUUACAGCGGCGUCCGGCAAAAACAUAAACAUGUGAAGUUAUAGGAAGUGCCGUAACAGUUAAUUCGUGUAGUCCUGUUAGUGAAUAUGGCUAUUUACGGUAUUCUGACACUUUUUGUGGUACUUCUCAGUGCAGUAACCAGAGCAUCUAAACUACCUGCAGAUGAGGUGGUAAUUCUUAUAAUAAGCCAAAAAGAUGAUCAUCACUCAGAAAUGGCUAAUAAUCUCAGAAAAUUACUCCAAUCUGAGGAGCCCAAAUUAAAAAUCCAUCUGAUGCACGAAGACUUUGACCAUCCUGGAGCAUGGACAAUUAUUCCAGUUUUGAAAGACAUAAGCAUCAUUCAUGGACAUAAUAGCUCAUGGCUGUUCAUCUGUGACAGCAGAACACAUAUAGUCUUGCCUGCUUUACUGGAUCUUCUUAGUCAUUACAAUUCUUCAGAGGAAACGUGGAUAGGACAUGCCUUAGUUGACGAAGAACGUACAAUAAUUCAUCAUUUUGCAUCCAACGAUGGAUUCAAAUAUCCACUUUUUGUUUCUGGAUUUGCCAUGAGCACUGCACUUUUGAAAAGGUUGGGACAGCGGCUUUCUGAAAAUGAGACUUAUCAACAAAAUUUUGCCAUUGAUGCACAGUAUGAGUUAGCUCAGUUUGUGUGGGAUGAUGGCAAAGGACCAGCUUUGGUGGAUACUCCAUUCCUGUGUUCUAAAUAUCGUUCUAUGUGUGCUACAUCUCCAAGGCUCAUCAGAUAUUGUGGAGAUGCUGUUUCAAGAAGUCACAUAUAUUUUGCUAUAAAGACUUGCAGCAAGUUCCACAAAGAUAGAGUGCCAGUAAUUAAGAAAACAUGGGGUAAAUUUACAGGGUAUAUGGAAUUUUACAGUGAUGUAGCAGAUCAGAAUAUACCCACAAUUAAUCUUGGAGUACCCAACACAGAAGUUGGCCACUGUGCAAAGACAAUGAGUAUAAUACAUAAUGUUGCACUUCAGCCUCAAAAGUAUCCAACUGUGAAAUGGAUUGUAAUAACGGAUGAUGAUACAAUAUUGAGUGUCUCCAGGCUACAGGAGCUAUUGAGCUGCUUCAAAUCAGAUGUGCCAUUCCUGCUGGGAGAAAGAUAUGGAUUUAACAUUCAUAGGCCACAUGGAGGCUAUAAUUAUGUGACAGGAGGAGGUGGCAUGGUACUCAGCUUAGCAGCUGCACAGCUUAUUGCCAAAUCUACCAAAUGUCAAUGUCCAGACAUCUCAACACCAGAUGAUAUGUUUCUUGGAUCAUGUGCCACUAGGCUGGGAAUACCAAUAAUUCACAUUCCAGGAUUCCACCAGGCUCGAACAGAAGAUUACACGACUGAUUAUAUAGAGUCUCAUCAGCCCAUUUCCUUCCACAAACAUUGGCUUAUAGACCCUGUACAUAUAUAUCGUGAGUGGUUUGCAGCUGCAGAUGUGAUAGAUCCAGCUAGUCAAAAAUUACACACUGAACUGUGAUUUUGUGAUUAUGAUGUACUAUUAAUAUAUAUAUAGCAAAUGUACAGUUAUUAAUGAAAUAAGUCAAAGGCAUAAAACAUGUACCACUGUGGAAUAUGUACCUCUAGGAUAUUCCACCAGUGAAAGACAAUGUAAGUUAUGAAAUUUGUUAGCUGUUUUGUUUUUUAUGUGAACUGACAUGCUAUGGAUUUGCCUUUAAAAAUGUGUCCUGUGUGUCCACAAUAUAUAAUUCUUGUAUCAUUCUUUACACCGAGAAAUUGUAUAUCUUAACUCUCUGCCAUGCAUUACUUUACAAUGAUCAGUAAUAGUAGCAAACUUUAAUAUUUAUUUAGUACAUUGAUGCUUUUGUCAAUAAAUUUUGCUAGAUUCAAGGACAUGAAUCAAAAACUUAACCAACUUGUAAUAUUUUAAUAAUUAGUGUAUGUAAAUGUGAAUUUUGUAAACAGUGCAUUUGUAGUUUUUAAAAUAACUCUUUACAACUAUAUUUCACUAUCACUGUACAUGAUAUAGCUAUUUUCAUGCAUGAACACACAUUUAUUGUUAAGCUCUUUGGACACAGAUUUCUUCAGAGACUGGAGUAACAUUUGAUGUAUGUUAGAAUGUCUUAUACAUUGAUGGUGAAGUAUUUUAUCAGACUUGUUUUGGAUGUUUGCACAUCAUUGGUGGUAUCUGUAUUACAGAAGACAAAUAUUUCUUAUGAUGUAUUAUUUGUAGCAUAGCUUUACAAGUAUGUGGUUUACUAUAUUCUGUAGUGCGACUUGCCUCGUAUUUUCCCUUUUGUAUAAAGUUUCCUUGACAUUAAGCUCAGAAAGUUAUUUCAAACAGCCUAAACCAUAUGGUAUAUCUUGUGUGUGCAAUCCCACUUGGAAGAUGAAAGUUAAUUACUGAAAGUCAGGAAUAAAGCUCAGACCUAAAAUCUACA